CCCUCGCUCUGGUCCGCAGGCCAGUUCUGCAGCCCGCAGCUCGGUGUCCAGGACGCGGUGUGGCAGGGAGACCAGCUGUCCUCCCAGCUCUACAGGAACAAGCAGCUUCAAGAUACUUUGCUUCAGAAGGAAGAGGAACUUGCUAGGUUACAUGAAGAAAAUAAUAACCUCCGACAAUACCUGAAUUCUGCCCUGAUUAAGUGUUUAGAAGAAAAAGCCAAGAAACUGCUAUCUGGCCAUGGACAAAAAACCUGUGCUAUCCUCAAAAGUACCAAGAGGAGAUUAAAAGAGGACCACUGCUUUGUUCCUCAAGAAACUCCUCAUGCUUCUAAAGCUAGAAGGAACCUCUUCAAUGAAUUCACUGCCUGUGAAGAGCAAGCCAGCCCUGCUGUGGACAGCUGGGUCUUGCAGACCUUAGGAUUAAAAGACGUGAACACCAUUGAUGAAACUUCAGCUAACUACAGUGCCCUGUCCCCAGACCUCAGAAGAGACACAUACUGCCUGAGCCCUGGGGGAACAAUAGACUAUGAGCACAGGGAAGGAGCAGCAGCAGUGUUUAGCUGCAGCCAUGUGCCUCCAGCCAACAGCAGCACCCAUCCAUGCAGCGAGGAUUCUCCCUUCCUUCCUCAGUUUUCUUCAGCAUCAUGUGUCUCCUCACCAGUGCCAAGUGUUUCCUCCCUCCCAGCCUAUGGGUUGCCUUAUUUGACUGGUGGUUUGUCACCCAACAAAACAGAAGUGGCCUUCACAACGUCCCUGAGUCCCCACCGCAAUGUGAGAACACACAGCUUCCACCAAGGACAGGCCUUUGUGCGCAGGGACGACGAUGGGGGAUGGAGAUUCACCUGGGUGCCCAAGCAGGCUGAAUGAUGCACCUUGAUCAAGGGUCAGCCAUAGGGGAUGUAGGAGUCACACUUUACCUUGUGCAUGAGACAGGUUCAGGCAGAAAAAAAGGACCCCUUUUGGGCUUCUUUAAAUGCUACUCUGUCAUUAACCCACUCCUAUUCCCUCACAAAUUUUCACAGAUGUGACUCCAGAUUUCACUCGGACAAUUUUCUGCCCCAGAUGUUCAAACUGGAUUCCUUUCUCUUGUGCCUGUGUUGAGAUACUUGCUUUUACUUGUUUCCUGGGUUUUUGUCAUCAGCUCUUCCUUGUUACUGGUAGUUUCCAGGCUUGGAGGGCUUUCACCUUUGUUCACUUUCACAUGCACCAAACUGGAAAGCACUUUGGGAUUGCACCUCUCUCACUCUGGAAAUAGUGUAUUUUCCACAAAUAUCCACAGACAACAAAGGAGGCAUAGGUUGAAGACUGAGGAUCAGCAGUUUGAGUGAUUUAGUCUCUCUUGACUACACAGAUUGCCUUGGAUUUAACAGGUACCCAUGGUUGCCUUAGGUGCUGCACAAGCAACCUACCUGCAGUUCCAUGGUGCUGCCACAUUCUUUGAUGAUGCCUCAAAAUAAAAACAGGAUUUACUUCUAAUGCCUGGAGGCUACUUAAUUACAAGAGAUUUUUCAUGUGCAGGGGAUCUUCCCAAGGUGUGUUUAAGAGACUGACAUGUUUACUAAUAUGUUUUAAAGGUAUUUUGUCUGUCAAUAAAGGGAGUUUACAUUUGGGGAGGCAGUAUCACUUAGUGGUUGGAGUGGGUCUUUGGGAACCACAGCCUUCAAUGCCAGCUCCUGCCUCUCUGUGUCUGCCAGACUGUGAUGGGCUAAGACCAGCACUACUUUGAGAAUGCUUUCAAACUCUCUGAGAGAAGGUGCUCUAGCACUGCACAGGACUUGACUUUUAGUAGUGCUACUAAAUUAUAUGAAUGAUUUAAUGAUAUAAAGUCAAUGGACAUGAAGGAAGCUCACCAGUACUGUUUUCUGUUUCCUUUGUCUUUUGUUCUACAGUAGCUUGAUGCCUAAGUAUCAAAAUAGAUUGACUUGGUUAUUCUUACUUUCAGAAUGGGGCCACUGACAUUGAGGAAGGACUUAAGUAAAACUGAGGAUUUUCUUCCAGUGGCUUAUUUUCCUAUAGAAAACUGGAUAUUCUUCUAUUUUAGAGGAUAAAAAUAUUUCCUAAUAGCCUGUUGUGCCUUAGAACUGCAAUACUUGAGACCCUCCAUCAGGACCAGUAAUGAUUUCCCAAAGGACUUCUAAAUGAACAAACUGUAUUUCUGGGUAAAUUUACUUAAAAGUAAAGUUAGUUUGAAGUAACUGUGGCAGACUUCCAGAAUAGGCAAUUUGAAAGCAUUGAUUGUAGGCAUUAUUUCACUGGAUUAAAAGCCAACCAACCUAAAAAAACAACCACCACAAACCCACACAACAACCACUGCAAAAUAAACUCACAACAAAAACUCAGUAAAAGCCAAAAAACCCAAACCAGACAAUGCCCAUGGAAUAAAUAUAAAUAUUUUUGGGGGGGCUUGCUGUAGUUCAUAAAAUUGUAGUUGAUUGAUGAAGACUGGUCAGACAAGACCACUAUUUCUGUGGCAAUUUUCUUCUUUUCAGUGAAAGCAGAAGAAAAAUCCUGUCCUACAAACAACUCAUUUUUUUCUCAAUGCAUUUAUUUUCUAUUAUUCUCCCCUUGCCCCACUAUAUAAGAGAUCAUUGAAGAAAAUACUCCCGUCACUGGAGUUUUUGUUGAUGUGUGUGGUAGUGUAGAAAACACCUGAACCUAACCUGAGAAUGUGAUGGGAACCCCUGGUACAGGUGGAGGAUGCAGAGCAAACUGGGAAUAAGACAGUGUGGCCAGAGGACUACACCCAGCACAGCUGUAGAUGCCACACCUCUCAAAGCAGCUGUGAAACAGAAGUAGAGAAACAUCUGUCUAUUCUAACACCACAGAAUGUUAUUAUUGUGAGUUUCAAUGCUGUGGAGUCAGCAGCACUAAUAAGUGCUUUUGUCCUACCAACAGAUCUUAAAUCAGGGUUUUUUUUCUCUGAAGAGAGAGAAAAGCUUUCCAUUUGCAUGACACUUCCUUUCCACAUUUUUAUAUCGCUGUGUUUGAGAACUUCUCCUGCAGAGAUCCAGAACAAAAGUGUCAGAUCUUUGGUACAAUCCUGAAGUAGGGUUUCGGUAGGAACAAACUGAUGAUUGAGCCUUUGUCAGCCUUUUGUACAGGGGUGACUGACCCUUUGUCUCAUAGCAAAUAAAUUAUGAAUGUGAGGGAAUCAUUUACCUGAAUGAAUCCUCUUCUUUUCCUGUGGGUUCCUGAAUUUUAUUCUAUAUGAAGGAGCUGAGUCCUGUUGGAGAGAUUUUUUUCUGACUUUACUGGAGUUCACUUGGGUAGAGGAUCCCAUGGUGCUGCUUGUGUCAACUGAUGGGUGCUCCUGACUUGCACGUGCAAACUUAAAAUUCUGAUGUAGGCAACUGCUUGAGCAAAGUUCUCUGUGGUAAUGAUGCUCCUGGGCACUGGAGCAGAGGGAGCAUGCUGGAAAGGAAAGAGGAAAAUUCCCAGAUCAUUUUACCAAAUAAAUAAGAGUUACUUGUUUUACUCUGACACCACCAUCUGAAGCAAUAUUUCCUGUUACAUGAAGAAGAAUAGAAGCAGGCUGUGUCUAACACCAACCCACAGCAAAAAAGUCAGCCCAGUGACCAAACCAUUAGAUAAAUAUUGCUGCUGUUGCCAGAAGAAAGCCAUUGCUCAGCCUAACUCACUCUAAACUGCCUGGUUCCUGUGAAAAUCCUGCCUUCCUACAGGUAUAAUGGAUACAGAAAGUUAAUAGGAGGCUGAAGACAUCUCAUGGCAUACUGCCACAUGGUGGGAUGUGAGGACAGGUACUGACUGGGCUGGUCUGGGUUGAUACGUUCAUUGAACCUGCUGUGUCCCCAUGAUUUCCUUGGGCCUGGAAGCAGUGAAGCUGCAUUAAUGUGGUGCAUUGCUUUGCAAAGAUGUGAGGGAGGUCUUGCUGGUAAAAAGCCUAGUUGGAGCUUUGAAAUGGGUAUUCAGUCUUACUUUGUGCUUCAUCCUCCAUGUUUGCCCUUUUGUAUCCUUUCCCAGUGGGGGAAAAAGGUUGAAAGUCACCCUGCUGCUCAUGGAAUGUCCAAGGUGAAGCCCAGGGAAGCCCAUGACACAUUCGAUGCCUCAGAGGUAGCUAGAGAUCAAUGGCAAUGAAAGCAAAAAGUGAAGACAAAAUCCAGUUCACACAGCCAUCACAACUAGGUAGCCAGGAGAUAGCAGGGACAAGUUUCAGCUUGGUACUGUAUUUCUAAUUUCAAAAAACAGAAAGCUAGAAAUGAGAGUCAGGAGGCAAAAGUUCUGGGUUCUGAUACUGCCUCUGGUGUUACACUUGGUUUAGUUGCUUUGGAUUCUAACAAGAAAACAUAACUCUUGCUGCUACAAACUCCAAGAAGUUCCCUCUUGCCAAGACUCAGUACCAGGCCCAUAAAACUCCAGGAUGGGGAACUAUGACUUGAAUGGCCAUGGGGCCCUGGGUGGUACUUUGAGUAGCAGUGAACUUCCUUGUCUGUAAAUAUUAAUCUUGUAUUAACAUAAUUUGUUUUAUUUUUUUAUUUGAAGUUUUCGUUAUUAUGUGAAUGUAACAUGUAGCUGCAUAGUUUAAAAUAAUCUGUGUUUCUAGAAAGGUACAUCAGAUAAAUGGAAGUUAACACUUAAUCUGUUGAUGUUCAUGAUUUUCGUGAUUUAAAAAGGCCAUGAUUAUAUGUAAAUGUCAAUUUUGCCACUGUCACGAAGUUAUGACUAAUAAAACCUAACAUCCAAUUGA